AACAGUGUGCUUUUGGGUUUGGGUAUAAAGCUCUGUUCCUCUUCUUGUUCAAACCCUUCAUAUCUGUAGCUCGUUUCUUUCUACACUGUUCUCUGGUCAUCUACCACUACCUUACAUUUGGUAGAGGAACAGUUUGCACCUAGUAAAAAGUCCAAAGUUACAAUCUUUCCAACAGUACCCGAAAUCCCACACCCCCUUCACUUGAUAUUCCCCUAAAAAUGAAACCUUUCUCUUAUUGUAACUUUCGGAAGCUGAAAUGCUUGUUGGGAAAGAGUAAAGCUCUCGUUUGAUUUAUUUGAGGAGGUUGAAGGAUUUGGUUUUGGGGUUUUGGAAAGAGGACCAUCGGAGAGAAACAACUUAACAAUAGUGUGUGCUACUGGGGCCUUAAUCAGAAGCAUUUAUCUUUCAACAAUUAUCUGUGCCCUGAUUUGGACAAAAAGAGGAAGUCAAAGCCGAAGUUAUACUCUGUUACAAUCCAUGGCUGAGACAUCUGCGAACACCAUUAGCUUGAAAGCCUUGGUGGAUAAGGCGAGCAACCAAAUUAUCUUUAUAGAGUCCGAUAAUGAUUUUAUUGAUGUUCUCUUCAGUUUCUUGACAAUCCCCAUGGGAACAAUUAUGAGGCUGGCCCCUAAUCAGUCAGUACCAUUAGAAAUAGGUUGUAUAAAAAAUUUGUAUUCAAGUGUUAAGAAUAUGGAUGUAAAGCAUUUCCGUACUGAAGCAUGUAGAGACAUGCUGCUAUGUCCUCGCAAUGUGGCAGAAUCUCAUUGCAGGAACCUCAAACUGAAGAUUGACAAUGGUGAGCCCACACAGUAUUUUUUGUGUUCACGUAACUACAGAGCAGAAUGUAAGUUAAGUUAUAACAAAAUUGGUUCUUGUGAUUGUGGAGGAAGCAUGACUGAGGAGAAAAGUCUUUUAGUGAAUCUAGAUGGAGGCAUCUUUGUGAAAGGACUGGCCAGACUUAUAAUUGGUGAUAAUUUACAAGUGAUGCCACCAUUAACUUUGGAAGGCCUUUCUGUAUUUACAGAGCUUGGAGUCAGGAAUGGGAAUACUACUGAGGAGUUGACUUUCAAUGUAGGAUCUGAUGAGGUUUUGAAUUUGCUUAUGUGCUCGUUAGUAUCAAGGACACCUUUGACAGAAACUCUGCUGAAGAAUAAACCAAUACGAAAGUUGAGCAAUGACAACCAAGGAAUAAAUAUUGAACCUCAAAUAGUUGUAGAUGCAACAGAUCCGGAAGGAAACCUCUCUAUCAAGCUUAUAGUGAGCAAAUCUAAGAAGAUGGUUUGUUAUGCAGAAGUAGGAGAGGAUUUUGUGAAUUUACUCUUCAGUUUCUUAACUAUUCCACUGGGUUUUGUUGUAAAACAAAUGAGGGAUUGCGCAUUAAAAGGAUGCAUUAAUCAGUUGUUCAAGAGUGUCCAAGAUCUUGAUGAUUGCUACUUGAAGUCAGACUACCACAAAGAAAUGCUACUCAGUCCCAAGCUUGUUCCCGGCUUUUGCUAUGAGAACCAUCUCUUAGGAACUGAGGAGGCCACAUAUUAUUAUGCACUUGGUGCCUUUGACUGACAUUGAAGUGAAAAUUGUGCAUGUGCGCAGAGAAGAGGUGAGCCAUCAAUUAUAAUUUUCGAUGAACUUUAAGCUUAAUUUUCACUGCAACCCUCCAUUGCUGUCCUUCUGCCACUUCAACUUGACUGCACAUACAGCGAUUCCAUCUCUCGUGCUGAUGCUUCAAGUUGUUGAGUAAAACCCAUGGCACAAAGAUUCAUGAACUUGUACACUAUCCUUAUACAAGUUAUUGACUGCACACACAACAUUCUCACAUCUCACCUAUUUCAUGCCCACACCUCCCCUUUUCUUUUAUGCAAACAAAACAUGGAAGCAUUGAAUCCUUUUAUAGUACUGUAAGUUGAUUAGAUAGCUGGCUUCAAUGGCAUCGUGGAAGUUGUCAUAUUGCAACAGGGAACAAAUAUUUCGCCAGAGUCUAUUGGCUCUCCAACAAAGGUUCUCUAAACUGAGUGGCUAUCUCUAGAUAGGGGUUAUCUGUUGUUUAAAUUGUUGAUGACUCUUGAAUAUGUUCCUUCUUACAGGCUUUGCGUCUUUUGGUGGCUUCUUUUGUUUGUGACUCGGCACUAACCAAUGCCUUCAUCAGGGAGACGAAGCAGAACAAAAAGCCAAAGCAAGAACAAUGUUGAGGGCUUGAUUAUAUAUAGAUGUUGUUACAAAAUGGAAGUCCAGUAUGCAUUUUGGUGUUAGAAUACUUGUUUUGUUCACUUGUACUUGCUAUGUGAUCUGCAUGGAGUGUUGCUAUUAGCGUACGGAUAUGAAUUCUGAUAUGCUGAAGAAAAAGAUGUAGAUAGCCAGCAUGAAACAAAUUGAUAUAUGUAAUGUUUGACGUGA